UCGGUCCCCGCGACCGUCGGUGACACGGCGGUGCGUGUUUUUUCUCUCCUGCGGGCUUUGAUGGUGGAGCUAACCGCUACGUUAGCGCGUGGCUCGCCGUGUGUUAUGAUACAGGAGCGCGAGCCGAUGCUAGCGACGCUCCGGGACAUCUCAGUGACCGGACCAGCCCUAACUGCCUGUCUGCCUGUCUGCCUGCCUGUCUGCCUGUCUUGUCUGUCUGUCUGCCUGUCCCCGUCUCCAGACUCGUACCGUUUACAACUAUGAAACUACCGGUUUUUGGUAGAACUCGUUUAAUGGUCGUUAACUUCCCUUUUCGGGAUAGUCACUGACGUCACGUUGCAUUUCGAGUCCCAGAGAAGACGUCACGAACCAGGACCUGUGUCACACAUCUGAGAGUAAGAGGGCGUCUCUGGAGUGAUGUCACUUUUUUUUAAGGGACAAGUGGAAGUUAUGAUUCAUAAACUGAGGCAGCCCCAAUAAAUCCAAACAUCUGCUCUACUGUUUGGGUGUCGACCCACCAGAGGCUUUUCUCUGUGGGGGCGGGCUGCUCUUCCUCUGACCUUCACUAAGCUCUGGAUCGUACCAAAGUGCCCGCAGAGGAAGCAUAGCCCACGGAUGAAGGUGGAAGUUGACCAAAGACAUGCCGCGGAAACAAGUAAUUCCACAUGAACCAGCGUGGGAAGCUUAUCUCUGCGUGUCCCUUCGCUGCGACUCGAGGCGGUGCCCGGUCCCUCUACAUAAGAGGAAAACACGACGGUCCAAGCUGCCUGACCACAACAGCCAGGACCUCAAGAGAGACGCCUCAGUUUGGGAGAAACAAAACUCUUUGUCUGGGAGGAACCGGGGCCGAUGGAGCGGCAGGUCGGAGAGGGCGGGGGGCACGGCGGCCAGCGCGCUGAGGCGAGGCACCGGCCGCAAAGGGGAAAAGACGGGCGUCCGGCUGAAGCCUCCCCAGGAGCGGGGCGUGACGGGAGCAGGACUGGACGCCGUUGUCCUCCGCGACCCGUCCAGCAGCCGCAACUUCAGCGACGGCCGAGGUGGAGCCGACGGGGCGGCCCGGCUGCCGGCCGCCGCCGCCGUCCUGGGGGAGCCGGGCAGCGUGGACGGGGCGCACCAGGCCCCCAGCAGCGACUUUGCGCCCAAAUGUGACAUCGGAGGCAAGGACGCGCUGUCCGCCCUCCAUCGCGCCGGGUCGCAGCAGUGCAGACAGGAGAUCGCCGACAUCGUGUGUCGGCAUCAGGCCGGGAAGCUCAUGCCGGCCGCGCUCCCUCAGUUCUGCCCCCAGCCGGGUGUAUCAAAUCAGGUGCAGGCGUUUGGCGAGCUGGACAACAGCCUGUCCGAUGGGGAGAGCCGCGUCAGAGUGGCUUUCGUUCUGAUGGUGCACGGCCGCGCUGUACGGCAGCUCAAGCGCCUCAUCAAAGCCAUUUAUCACCGCGACCACUACUACUACAUCCACGUGGACAAGCGGUCGGGGUACUUGCACCGGGAGGUCCUGCAGAUUGCCCAGCAGUACCCAAACAUACGAGCCACGCCCUGGCGGAUGGUCACCAUCUGGGGGGGUGCCAGCCUCCUGAAGGCUUAUCUACGCAGCAUGCAGGACCUGCUCUCCAUGCUGGACUGGAAGUGGGAUUUUUUCAUCAAUCUCAGCGCCACAGAUUUCCCCACCAGGACCGACGAUGAACUGGUGACGUUCCUGUCGCAGCAAAGAGACAAGAACUUCCUCAAGUCCCACGGGAGAGAGAACGCCCGGUUCAUCAAGAAGCAGGGCCUCGACCGCCUCUUCCACGAGUGCGACGACCACAUGUGGCGUCUCGGCGAACGCCGCAUCCCCGAAGGCCUCGAGGUCUCGGGCGGCUCCGAUUGGUUUGCGCUCACCCGCCGCUUCGUGGAGUACGUCAUCAACUCCCAGGACGACCUGGUGUCUGGGCUGAAGCAGUUCUAUACCUACGCUCUGCUCCCCGCUGAGUCCUUCUUCCACACGGUGCUCGGUAACAGUCCCAUGUGUGACAGCCUGGUGGACAACAACCUGCGCGUCACCAACUGGAACCGUAAGCUGGGCUGCAAAUGCCAGUACAAGCACAUUGUGGACUGGUGUGGCUGCUCCCCCAAUGAUUUCAAACCACAAGACCUCAUCCGGAUCCAGCAAUUGACCCGUCCGACAUUCUUCGCACGCAAGUUUGAGUCAUCGGUGAACCAGGAGGCCAUCGACAUCCUGGACACGCACCUGUAUGGCCAGUACGCUCCGGGCACCGUUGCCAUUAAGGCGUACUGGGAAAGCCUGUUUGAGCAGUUGGAUGGCGUGGGCUCGCUCGGAGACGCGGCUCUCACCGCUUACACUGCUUUCAUUCGCCUCGGCCUCAAGUAUCUGGCAACUACUCAGAGCAACGCGGAGGCCUGCAGGUUCGAACCAGUAGGCUACCCUCUAUUAGUGCACGUGUACUUUUACGACGACCGUUUCCAGGGAUAUCUGGUGCGUCAGGAAGUUCAGGCUGUGGGGUCAAAGGUCAGGGAGACGCUGGAGAUGUGGGCCGUGCCCAAAGCCACGCUGGUCCUCGAGACCAACCUGAAGGAGUUUGAAAGGCUCAAGAACCUGGAAAUCGGCACAGACUGGGAUCCCAAAGAGAGAAUCUUCCGUAACUUUGGUGGCGUGAUCGGCCCGUUGAACGAACCCCUGGCGGUCCAGAAGUGGGCCCGCGGGCCCAACCUCACAGCCACUAUCGUCUGGAUCGACCCGGCUCAGGUGGUGGCGGCGUCUUAUGACAUUUCCGUGGACGUGGAUGCGGAGUACACGCAGUACAAACCUUCGCUGCAGCGGCCCCUGCGGCCCGGCGCCUGGACAGUGCGGGUGUUAAAACAGUGGGAGCGCGUGGCAGAAGUUCGCUUCCUCGUCACGCCCUUAACCUUCAAAGACAAGGAGCCGCUACGCCAAGAAGAGGACAGCUGGCUCCACGCAGGUCCUCCGGGGAACCUGUACCUGGAGCAGAGCUUCCAGCAGCUGAGCUCCGUGCUGCAGCUGCCCCCCCAGGAGCCGGCCCUGCAGGAGGCCCGGCGCCGAGCCCAGCUGGUGGGUCGGCCCCUCGAAGCGUGGGUGGACAGCGGCGUCGGGACCUUCUGGGCCACGGGCGGUCUGUGCGCCGCGCCGUCGUCCUCGUGCCCGGCCGCGGGGCCGUGCGCCCGGACCUCCUGGAGCUCGCUGUCCCCGGACCCCAAGUCCGAACUGGGCCCCGUCAAAAGCGACGGGCGGAUCAGGUAGCCCCGAAAGAGGAGAUGCCGUCGACUUCAGCGCGCGCGCGGGAAGUCUGAGGGAGCGCCGGCGCCGCACCGGAGCGCCUCGAGAGGACGUCGUCUCGAGGGCUCGUGAGCAAAGCGAUCCUCCUGCACUGAGGAGGCGAGACGUUCUCAGCUGGGGAGUUUGCACACGGACGUUUGCGAGCGGCACAGACUCGUGUCGUUGUUUUCCGAGCGCCGCCGAUGAUGUAUUGUUUUUAAUUUUCCUUGCACACGGGUUGCCAGUCGGGGUCGGAGUCCGGGCGGGAAAGAAGAACCUCUGCGCGUGUCUGAACUCCGUUUCGGGCGUACACGGUUUUUAAUUUCUCUCCGCUUUGAAUAAUCGGGAAGUGGCUGUCGAAACUCAACGACAGGCCCCUCGUCGCUUCGAGGGAGAGCGGAGCCUCUGAAUGAUGUUAUUGCGCUUAUUUUGAAGCAUUGUUGUAUAAGGAGCCGACGGAUGAAGUGCACUUUACUGUCAGAGGAGGAGGAGCUGAGCAGAGGUGGUUACGGUGUGAGGAGCAGGAGUCAGAGAGUCUCGGAUCACCUUCAUUUUACAGAACCUGCACAGUCACUCCUCGGUACCUGUGUUUGGAACACUCCGGAGAGAGAGAGAGAGAUUCAGUUCUCGUUGGGUUUACUGUAACAUAUCGAACAUGUGUUUAUUAAUGUAUUUGUUUGUGUCUGUUAGUUCUCUGAACUUGCGGGAACAUGUCAAACGGUUUUUCAGUGUCCAUUAUUGCAACAAUAAAAAUAAUACUCUGGUCAGAGGAAGGCACAGCUGCAAGGCCGCAGAUAGACGGAACUAUCUGAACUCCAAACAACCAGCGAUAGUUUUAUGGCAACAAGCUCCACUGGCCGAUGAGGGCCGUGACGGUGGAAACGAGGGAGCCGGUGGAGCCGACGGUUGUUUUGUCAGCUGUUGUUUUCAAGGUCGGGUCAAAUCCUCUGGAAUUAAUUGUCGAGCGUUUCUUUUUUUUUAGGGGUUCCAGAAUUCUUUUAUUUAAAGCCAACUUCACGAGAUAAAACUUCAGAGUAAUAGUUUUGUUUCAUUUCUUGUCCAGAGUUAAAUGAGAUUGAUUAAAAUUUUUUUUUUAAAGUGUAAAAACGACAACUUGCCAUAUUUCUUGGCUGGGACGAGUUUUUAACGCUCCGAUCCAUCGCGGUCACAUGUGGUGUUUUUAUGCUUAUCUUCCCGUACACGCAUUAAACGAGGACGUAUCUAAUGUUUACUAGUCUGGGUUCUCCUCUGUACAGCCGGCUCCUGCUGCGCCAUCGGCCUCCUCGGCUACAUUCACUCCACAAGACGGAGAAGACGUGCGUCUCCACAAAAUGUCAAACGCUUCUUUCGGGGAUCAAGACUUUUAAAAAGCGCUCUCGGUUGGACACGACGCGUAGCGUACUGUCUUUGUACCGGACGUGUGCAUUGGUCUCGUUUCAUUUCCUCCGGCACAUUUCAACUCCACCCGAGUCCUCCAACCAACACGUCAAGGCGUCCACCAUGUUUGUGUUUUUUAUUUGUGAUCAAGAGAAUCUCAGCUGCCUUCACUCCGAGAAAAGAUGAAUUGUUUACUUCUGCAAUGAAUGCCUUUUUAGAGGAUAGUGAGCUGAGUUAGAGUCCGUGUCUUAUGUGUAACCUUAUUUUAAAUGUUGUUAAACUAUAGUUGGCCACCAUACGAGUGUUCAAGUUGCUCAGCACAGUCGCUUCAGUGAAGCCCCACUUUUAUCGACGCGAGUACUCGGCCGAUCAGAUGUUAUUUUUCUAUGCUAUUUGAGAGGAAGUGUGUGUGUGUUCAUUCAUCUCCAGUGCUCUUGUUAAUAACUUAAUAACUGCUGUCUAAUAAUGUUGUAGUUGACAGUCCCACCUGCUUAGAGAUGUUUGAAGCAGACUGUGUGUUGUUGUGUGUGUGUGUGUGGGGGGGGGGGGGUCAGGUCUCUUGAGCUCCGGGCUGUUUGCUGAGUCAUGCUGAGCUCCGAUCUGACAAACCUCCGCCUGUUACUGUUUGUCUCUGGGACAGCUCAUCGGCAUCCUGACUGAUGACUCAAUAAAAAAACACUUUACGGGUUUUGUAAAUCUGUUUUGCAGUUUUUCCUCUUGCCACAUAUCUCAGACUGAAUCUACCGCUAUUGAAAUGGUCAUUCUUUCUAAAUUAAACCACAUUUUCCACCAGAUGAA